ACCAAAGUGGGUGGAUCACUCCAUACUGACUGUCGACAUCACCAGGAUCAGUUGUAAAGAUCAGUCUCUUCUCUUUGUGGCAGCACAGCAAAGCAAUGGGAGACAAGCCGUCUAAACACAUUAAAGCUGAACCCCCACUUUUUGAUGAACCAUGGAGGAAAAUAAACUGGAGAGACAAAAAGGGAGCUCUGGAGUACAUCAACAACUACAAACCUCAUAUUGAAGGACAAGAGCUCAGGAUUCUCCUUCAUGGUCCGGUCGGAGCUGGAAAGUCCAGUUUCAUCAACUCGGUCCAAAGUGUCUUAAAAGACAAAAUGUGCGCUCCGGCUUUGGCAGCCAACAACACUCAAGGCUGUUUCACCAAACAGUACAAAACCUACAAGAUGGAAAAGGGAACUCCAAACAACUUUUACCCUUUUGUCUUAAAUGACAUGAUGGGCCUGAAACACACCAAAAGAGCAAACAGAAAGAUCCAUGUGAAAGAUGUGAAACGGGCGCUGAAGGGACACGUCAAAGACGGAUACACGUUCAAUCCUGAAUGUAAGUUAUCAAAGGAUAAUCGGUUCUACAACAAGUCCCCAACAUCGAAGGACAAAGUCCAUGCUCUGGUUUCUGUCAUUGACGUCAGCACAGAAGGUCUGAUGCCAGAGAAAGUUGUGGAGACGCUGCAGGACAUCAGAGAUGAAGCCAGUGAGCUGGGAAUUCCUCAAGUGGCCAUUUUCACCAAAAUUGAUGUGGCCUGUCCUGAGAUUAAACGAGAUAUAAAGAACGUCUACAGGAGCAAAGUGCUACGGGAAAGGAUGGAGGAGUUCAGUGCAGCAGUGGGAAUUCCCAUGAACUGUAUCUUCCCUGUCAGGAACUACAGUUCAGAGAUCAGCUUCAACAGCGACGCUGACACUUUAAUCCUGAACACCCUGUAUCACAUCAUCAGCUUUGGAGAUGACUUCCUCAGAAGAAAACAAAGAUGCUAAAUGGUGAAGAUUAUUUUUCUGAAAAAACAACAAAACAGAAUUUUAUGUGUUUAAAUUUGUUGUCAGAACUUUAUUUGAAAUUGAAAUAGAGAUCCAAACAUUUACAGAGAUGCCAAAUAUGUGUAAAUGUGUUUAAAAUAUCCUCUGUCUGUUAAUAUCAAAUACACUUGACUAAACAGACCUAAAACUAUCUGGAAUAUUUUCAUUUGAGGUAUUAGUGCAGCAAUAAUAAAUGGGGAGCCUUUGACUUUGGAAGUUUUAUGUCACAGUUUUAAGAGUUGGAAGAACCUGAUACACAAACACUCUUUUUGAGUUUUUCACUAUUUUUAUGCUUCUAAAAUCUACUCAGGCCUUUGAGAUGACUAAGGGAGUAUUGUUUGGUGGCUAGAUAGUACAGAAGAAAAUUUAAUAUCAUAUAUUUACAUUCAAUCCAUUGUUUUCCCAUCAACAGUUUUUUAAUUUCAUUGCGAUAAACCAUUGUUUAACAAUUAUGAUCGAAGUAUCACCAUAGUGAUGGUUAACAGGUACAUGUGAGGAAUGUGAACAUGACAUAGUAGAUUCCUAUAAAUUUUUAUGUGGAUUAAGCAGAGCCU